UCCUUACUCACUAACUACUCAUAACUAAGUAUACCCAAACUACCUUGUACCUCUCUACCCAGCCUUCCUUGUACAUGUACAUACUCCGUACACACUGUACGUACAUACGCAUUCACAUCCACGAAUAAUACGCAUACUCUUCUCCCUCCAUUCCUCCAUCCUUCAUCACCAUCACCACCACCACCACCUCCUCCCCCUCCCUCUCUCCCCUUCCCCCAGAGAAGGCACGUCUUGCGGUGACCUGUCACUACGCAAUCUCUCCUUCGCCUGAAAGAGAGCUCAUCGCUCUGCUUUCCUUCGCUCACCCUGCCAACCCCCGGCUAUCACCCCGCCCCAGUUUCCAGCUUCUAAGUCUCGAGCCCCAGUCAAUAUGGCUUCCUUAAACACCUCCAGCAAUGGCCCAAACAUCACGAGAAGCUAUCAAAAUAUCGUAAACGCUCCGGCGCCUUCCGGUCCCCAAGCCAGCUCCCCCACCUACGGUCAAUGGGCUGUCUUCACCGUUGCCGCCCCGCUGGUCAGCGCGUUCCAGCAGGAUGGAGGGAAAGAAAGUGUCUUGAAGGUUCAGACUACUGGCGAGGGUGAGCUUGUCGACCUCAUCGAUGAGUUCUCGGACGGCCGUAUCCAGUUCGCAUUUGUCAAAGUCAAGGACCCGAACACCUCGCUUCCCAAGAACGUCUUGAUCGCAUGGUGUGGCGAGGGCGUGCCCGAACGUACCAAGGGCUAUUUCGGAAGCCAUCUCGGUGUCGUUUCCAAGCUUCUUCACGGUUAUCAUGUGCAAGUCACCGCUCGUUCCGAUGCAGAUCUCACACCGGAGAGAAUCGUACAAAAGGUCUCCGAUGCCUCGGGCGCAAAAUAUGGAGGGGGCCCCGAGAUCCCAUCUUCACGCGGACCGCCUCCCGUUGCUUCCAAGAAGCCUGUAUUCACACCCACACAAGUAGGAGGAGGAGGCUCUGGGUUCAAUCCUCUCGGCUCAAGAUCGAGGGCCCCUGCGGCCAGUGGCGCUACCGAUGAGGAUGGAUGGGGUGCAGAUGCCCCCCAAGUCUCGCGCUCCCAAUUGGAGAAGGUUGAAUCGGCUUACAAGCCCACAAAAGUCAAUCUGGCCGAGCUCACAUCAAAGCCGCAAGAGCCCUCGAGGUUCCAAACGCCACAGAGGGAGGAAGCCUCUUCGGACGUGGUCAAGGGCGGAUAUCAGCCAAUUGGAAAGGUUGACAUUGCAGCAAUCCGCGCGCAGGCAAAACAAUCGGGCCAGGAUGACAGACCAACGGUCGUCAAGGGUGCCUACGAACCGGUCGGUAAAGUCGACAUUGCGGCGAUCAAGGCUAAAGCGCAAGCCGCUCCUCCAAGCGCAGCCCCUCGUGGCAACGCCGAUGAUGAGGAAGAAGCACCCAAAUCACUAGCAGAAAGGUCGGCGGCUUUCAGCAAGCAGCCUGAACGCCUUACGAGCCUUCCAAAGCCCAAGGUUGCGAAUAAGUUCGGCGGUGGGGGUGCUUUCACGGGAACCAAAGCUCCCACACCCUCCGGGUUCGGUGCGAAGCCUUUGGCCGCUGCCGCACCUGUUGGCACAGCAAGCAAAACAUUCGCAGACGAAGGCGGCAAGACACCUGCGCAGAUUUGGGCGGAAAAGAAGGCUGCACGUGGUGAGGCAGUACCUUCUGUUGGAGGACCGACCUCUCCUUUGCCUACUCAACAGAGUGGCGAGGGCGGCUGGAAGAGUGGCUACACUGGAAAGUCUUGGGCAGCUGUUCAGACUACUCGCACUGGACAGUCGGCCACCAGCAACAUCAGCGAACAGCGCACCGGAGGUGCUCAAGAGCAACAUCAGGAGGAGCCUAGCUCCCCAGCUGGUGGUGUCGCCUCUCUGAAGGAUCGGUUUGCUGGAGCUGCUCCUAUGGGCGCCCCAACCUCUCGCCCUGUUCCAGAGCCUCGCGAUGCUCCUGCUCCUCCCCCUAUGGAUAUGUCUAGCAAACCAAACGCUGGAGCUCGAGGUGUGCCUAUGCCAGGUCUACCAAGCCGCCCUGCCGAACCCGAGGACGAGGACGAUGUCCCAGCUACGCAGCACCAACGUCUUCCUUCUCCCCCACCACAGCCACCACGCAGUCCGUCUCCCGAGCCGUCUGGCUCCCCAGUACGCAUUGCUAUGCCUGUUGCACGAGGACGUGAGCCUGAAGAACUGUCCCCCGCCGAAGAAAGGGCGCCACCCAUGCCAACUCGUUCCCUUGACCAAGCUGCCAGUCACGCACGGGAUCUGUCUCCCGAACCCAGAGUGGAGGCGAAGGACCCGGCCCGCGGAGCAGGCGUUGCAGUCGCUGCCGCCACCUUUGGAGCCGCCGCCGUUGCUGGUGCGGGCGUCGCCGCAGCUGCAGGAGCAGGAGGAGAUUCUGAAGGUGGUUCUGGUCAACGCGCCGUCAUCCAAUACGACUAUGAGAAGGCCGAGGACAACGAAAUCGAGCUCCGAGAAGGCGAGUACGUUACCAACAUUGAGCAAGUCGAUGAGGACUGGUGGAUGGGUACCAACUCGCAGGGCGAGACCGGACUAUUCCCCUCGAACUACGUCGAGCUCGUUGAGGACGAUGACUCUGGCGCAGGUGCCGCUGCUGCUCCACCACAGCUGCCAGCUCACCCCUCUGCUGCCGAAGAGGAGCCAGAGGAGCCAGCCCCACGUGCCAGUGCUUCCGGUCCUACGGCCACCGCCCUUUACGACUAUGAGGCCGCCGAGGAUAACGAGCUCAGCUUCCCCGAGAACGCAACUAUCACCAAUGUGGAAUUCCCCGACGAAGAUUGGUGGCUUGGUUCCUUCAAUGGAAAGUCAGGACUCUUCCCUGCGAACUAUGUCCAGUUGGACGAGUAAGCUCGAUCUUCUCGUUGUCGUUGUCAAGACACUGAGGAACGCAACUAUUGGGAGGGCCUGUGACUUUUGCGGUAUUUAACGCAUAAGAGCGAGUAUGUUUAAACUCUGUGAGUAACAGAUAAAAUCAGUGGUGGCGAUGCAAGUACGUAUUUUCGACCAUGCCAAAAUGAAUGUUAGUUAUUGAAUGAAGAUUGACAGCAUUGUUUGGGUACUGAUUAAAGUGAUAAGAACUUAUCCCCUUAAGGAGGGACUGAAACAACUCAGAAAUCGACAUGUCUAUUUUCCUCGCAUCUUGCACCAAUACUCAACCAUAUCUCCCAACAUCAAAACAAUCGACACGAAAUUUCUGC